AGUUUCGGGUUCCUCCGUCACAAGCAAAACGGUCAAACAAAAUGUAUAAGAAACUUAUCAAUUUCCUCGGCGACGCUCUAACGGAGACGACGAAGAAGAAUGAACGGCGGAGGAGAGAAGAGACCACGAAGAAAGCCUCACCGGAAUCUCUCGAGCUUCCUCCAGAGAUCAUCAGAGAAAUCCUCACCCGAUUACCAGCGAAAUCAAUCGGGAGAUUCAGGUGCGUCUCGAAGCUCUUGUGCUCCCUCUCAUCGGAUCCACGGUUCGCAAAGAUCCACCUAGAUCUAACCAUCCGAAACGAUUCCCCGGUUCAUCGGAAACUCAUCGUCUCGUCACAUAAUCUCUACGCAUUAGACUUUGAUUCAAUCGGAUGCGGAAGGAUUAGAGAUUUGGUAGGUAAGGAGCUUGACUAUCCGCUUAAAGAAGAUCCGAUUAAAUUCGACGAGAUGAUUCUGUUCCACGUGGGAGAGAAUCUGCUUAAACUCAAUCCUGAACGGUAUCGAAGAAACUGGGUUGAGAUCAUCGGAUCUUCCCACGGUUUAGUGUGUAUUUCACCGAGUGAAGGAGCUCUGUUCUUGUAUAAUCCAACCACCGGAGAAUCCAAGAGAUUGCCUGAGAAGAAGAUGAUCACCGGAGAAGAGUUCCAAACUCAUGGAUUUGGAUUCGAUGAUCUAACCGGUGAUUACAAAGUAGUGAAGCUUGUUGCUGAUGGUGACCAUGUUCUCAACGCUAGCGUUUAUUCGUUGAAGGAAGACACGUGGAGAUGGAUAUGUGAUUUGAGCUACGAGCAUAAGGAUUGUUUCAGCUCUGGUGUGGCUCUCAACGGCGCGGUUCACUGGGUGUUCACUAAGCACAACCAGAGAGUUGUCUUAGCGUUUGAUGUUAAAACGGAGGAGUUUCGAGAGAUGUUGUUGCCUGGUGAAGCUGAGGAUUGUGCUCAUAGUUAUAGAAACUUUAUCGUUGGGGUUCUUAACGGGCGUCUCUGUGUGGUCAAUAGUUGCUACGAGGUGCAUGAUGAUAUUUGGGUGAUGAAUGAGUACGGUGUAGCGAGUUCUUGGAACAGGAUUCGGAUCAGUUUGUUGUACAGGUCGAUGAAGCCGCUGUGUUCGAGUAAGAACGGUGAGGAGGUUCUUCUGGAGCUUGAUGGAGAUAUGGUGCUGUACAAUUUCGAGACUGAUGCGUCGAGGUAUCUUGGGAUUCGCGGUGUAAAGCUCAGUGAUGGGUUCGAGGCUGAUGCGUAUGUAGAGAGUCUCAUAUCGCCUAACUCGUAUGGUUCUGUGAAAUGAAGAAACACUUGGCUGAUUUUCAAGGUAAAGAAAGUUUGUGUAUUCUCUAUGUUAUACCUAUGAACCAAACCAUAUCCAAAAAAGCAAAGGAAUGUAUGUGCAUUGUAACAUGAUUAGUGAGAACAGUAAAGAUCUUAAUGAUGAUAGUACACAAUACAUUACUUCGCUCUAAA